AUGUCUGAUUUCUCGAAUGCGCCUUCGGUCCGAAUACAGCCUCCUCGCCGUUCUGCUACCCUUCCUCCUAAGCUCAAUCUUCAAAAGCAACGCAGUUCCGAAUCGUUGAGGCCCUCAGCAGACGACCUUUUCUUCCAUCCAUGCGCCAAAGUCGUUCAUUUCGCUCCUAGAGCUCUAGCCCCGAUCCCGUCCAGCACGGCUCCCUCCGAUUUCGAUUACCCGGUUGAUACUAUCGAGACCCUGCCAUGGCGAUCACCCUCUGAGAGGACAGUUGCAUUUGCGCCCUUGAGACUGCAGAAUUUGCAUGGCUUGACUGUGUUUUUGAAAUGUGGCGGUGUGGUGCAUGCAAUUCUCAAGAACUCUCAGUGUUGGUGUGUCGAUGGCGAGUCUACGUUUGUUCUGCGUGUUCGACCACUCACUUACUAUCGCAUUGAACUGCCUAGUUCGACGGAAAACAAUGAGAACUACGUUGUGCAAUUGAAGGAUGUUUUACCCAGAAUCCUGCGUUACGAGAUCACGCCCUGUCCCUUCAAAAGGGGGUUUACCGUUGAGAUACCGCAGGAGGCCAAAAUCAAGAAGCGCAGAAAGGCAUGGCGUCCCAAAGGACGAAGGGAGAGUGCGCCUGCAUCGUCGACUGCUUCUCAAGGGUCAAGCCCCAAGGAUGAGGAAGGGUGCAAGGGCAUCAGCGUCAUGAAAAGAGGCAGUGCUUGUACGGUCUUGGAGACGAUCCCGGAUGAGAAUCAGUUGCUCUCCCCUAAAAGUGUGUCUGAAGACUGGAAUGUACCCCGGCGCUCGAUUACCGACACACAAAGCUUCCAAACCUUGCUGGCGAGGUUCGAUAAUAACAAAGCAGAAUCGCAGGUCGAUCCUGACACAUCAUAUUCUUCAAGCGUCGAUUCUUUUCACUCAAUGGAUGAUUACAUGCGCCCUGAGUCUAGUGCACGUUCGACUUCUACUUCUUCAUCGUCCGUCGACCCCAACGACCUGGACCAGGACCAGCACUAUGAAACUGGAAAAUUCUUCAAGGAUGUGGAUUAUUCUGACAACCGUCCUUCCACUAGCUACUCGGAUGGAAGUUUGUGCCAAGCACCCCAAUCUCCUACGACUCGUCGAAAGCCGGAAUCCAAGCCAUUGGAGAUCCCAACUACAUCAACUGAGAAGCCAAGCGGCCUCUCACCAAUUGAGGCGAACAAAGACACCAUGAGUAGGGAAUUCCGACGUCGUGCUAAAGCAUCGACAGAGAGAGAGAUCUCCCCGAUGCCUCCGCCGUCGACCUUGUGCCGGUCAAACUCUAGAAAGAACGAUGCAAAGUCAAUUGUUCAGAAGACCUGCACAGUCGUUCUGGUGCCAUCUGUUCAGCUGUUAAUCAUUCUUAUUCAUAUUGCUGCUCAGAUUGUCAUUGGUCCUGCCUUGAACUCCAUGAGUGAAGCCCACCGGAGACUCGAAUAUCAAAUUCCUGACUCUAAAGAUACGGUUGAUGAUUUCGAUCUCCCUCUUGAACGCUCCCAGUCUCAAGAGAAUAAGUACGAUGUUUGGGCACUGGACUAA